AGUUAAUGAGAAGCCACGAGGGGGGCGGCGUAGCAGGUCCAGAGGGUCGGCGAGCGAGAGGGAGCUCCACGCUCAUCGCAGGAAGGACGACAGGCGGCCUGGGAUGUCUCGGCUGGUGGAGUGUGUCCCCAACUUCUCUGAGGGGAACGACCGAGAGGCCAUCGAUGCGAUCGGCCGGGCCAUCUCCCAGACCGCGGGCUGCGCCCUACUGGACGUCGACGCGGGCCCUUCCACCAAUCGCACGGUGUACACCUUCGUGGGGCCGCCGGACGCUGUCGUGGAGGGCGCUCUGGCGGCCGCCCGCGUAGCCUUCCAGCUCCUGGACAUGAGCAAGCACAGAGGCGAGCACCCCCGAAUGGGCGCCCUCGACGUCUGCCCCUUCAUCCCCGUGAGGGACGUGACCAUGGACGAGUGUGUUUGGUGUGCCCGGCUCUUUGGCCGGCGACUGUCCGAGGAGCUCAGGGUGCCGGUUUAUUUGUAUGGAGAAGCAGCUCAGCAGGAGCAGAGGAGAACCCUUCCAGCAAUCCGGGCAGGAGAAUAUGAAGCUUUGCCUGAAAAACUCAAGAAGGCUGAAUGGGCUCCUGAUUUUGGUCCCAGCACCUUCGUGCCCAGCUGGGGGGCCACCGUGACAGGGGCCCGGAAGUUCCUCAUCGCGUUCAACAUCAACCUCAUCUGUACCAAGGAGCAGGCCCAUCGGAUUGCCCUGAACAUCCGGGAGCAGGGACGGGGGAAGGACCAGCCUGGGCGGCUGAGGAAGGUCCAGGGCAUCGGCUGGUACCUGGAGGAGAAGAACCUCGCGCAGGUGUCGACCAACCUUCUGGAUUUCGAAAUCACGGCCCUCCACACGGUGUAUGAAGAGACCUGCAAAGAUGCCCAGGAGCUGAACCUGCCGGUGGUGGGCUCCCAGCUGGUGGGACUCGUCCCCCUGAAGGCCCUGCUGGACGCUGCUGACUUUUACUGUCAGAAGGAGAAGCUCUUCAUUCUGGAGGAGGAGCACAAGAUCCGCCUGGUGGUGACCCGGCUGGGCCUGGACUCCUUGUCGCCCUUCCGCCCGCAGGAGCGCGUCAUCGAGUACAUGGUUCAAGACGGCGCCACGCGGGGGAACUUGGUCUCCAAGUCUCUUCGGGCCUUCGUCCAGGACGUGGGGGCCCGCUCUGCCGCCCCGGGCGGUGGCUCUGUGGCCGCAGCAGUGGCCGCCAUGGGGGCGGCGCUGGGCGCCAUGGUGGGGCUCAUGACCUACGGCAAGCGGCAGUUCGAGCACCUGGACCCGGCCAUGAGGAGGCUCAUCCCCCCCUUCCACCGGGCGAUGGGGGAGCUGCUGGCGGCCGUGGACGCGGACGCAGAGGCCUUCGGCGGCUACAUGGCAACCAUGAAGAUGCCCAGAAACACCCCUGAGGAGAAAGACAGGCGCACAGCUGCCAUGCAGGAGGGGCUGAAGAAGGCCGUCAGGGCCCCCUUGGGGCUGGCACAGAAAGUGAACGCGCUGUGGCCCGGUCUGAAGGAGAUGGCUCUUCAUGGGAAUGCCUCGUGCACGUCGGACCUCCAGGUGGCCGCCAAAGCACUGGAAACUGGCGUCUUUGGGGCCUAUUUCAACGUUCUCAUCAACCUGAAGGAUGUCUGCGAUGACCGCUUCCGGCACCAGAUACAGGAGGACAUCUCCCGGCUCCUGGAGGAGGCUCAGAGCAGUGCAGCCUCCGUGCUGGAGUCCCUGGCAGCCCGGACAGAGUGAAGGAGCUGCCGCCAUGUGGGGGACGGCAUGCCAGCCUGUCCAUUGCUCCACCUGCCACCCAUCGAGCCACCCACCCAUCCAUCCAUCCGUCCAUCCGUCCGUCCAUCCGUCUGUCCAUCCCUCCACCCAUCCAACCAUCUGUCCAUCUCUCUCCUUCUGUCCCUCCUGUCUGCCCUGUCCUGGGCUCCUUCCUUUCCCCCAUUCCUCCCCAGGAAUGCUGCCAAGAGAGCCACCUAGGGGCAGGGUUAAAUAGAAACCUGUGAUUCGCACCCAGGGCUGAAGAGUGACCUAAGGGACAAAAGGCAUGCAUUUGACCCCAAAUCCUGCUCCUUAGAAGGAAGUUCCAGCAAACUCAUCACCCCCACCAUCACCUCUUCUUCUUCCUCUUCCUUCUUGUCUUCCUCCUCCUCCUCCUCCUCUUCCUCCCCAUGUGACUUGCAGCCUCAGUUUCCCCCUCUGUAAAUGGGGGAUCCCCGACUCUGAACCCAAGCCUCUGGGGCAUCUCCCUGGGCUGGGCCAGUUCAGCUCCUCCCUGUGUUGCCUGGUUGGUGCCCUCCGGGUCAGGGCCAUGCCCUCGGCCUCCAUAUAAAAUCUGCUUCUGACUGGCA